AUGGAUGUGACGGCCAUGUUGAACACCUCCGGCGGGGAGACGGUGAUGAAGGAAGAGUUGGGCCCGCUGUCACAGCUUGAACCUGCUAUGACGAGCGUUGAGCAGAGCUCAUCCACCUCUGCCAUAUCGUCUGCUGAGAGUACACCUCACGUGGUAACCUGUGAAUCACGGACACCAAGUCGAAGUCGGACUCCCUGGGAUGCUGGAGGCUACUCUCUGCCACUAGCCUCAGACCCAUUUUCGAUCCGAACUUCAUCGCUACCUAGGAUACCCCACGAUCGCGAAUCACCAACAGACCAACCUAGUUCGGUAGACUUCAAGGGGGCCUCGCCUCAACAUAAAUUCUCAGACAGCCGCAGCAGCCUGUCCUCUUACACACCUUCCUCCACAGCCUCUGUUUCUCAUUCAAGGAUAUCUUCUCUCUCCACCGUCGGAGAAGACCAGACCUUUGAUAUAGAUACAGCAGCCGACAACACCUCUCUUAAGACUCGAGACCAACAUUCAACGACUCCAGACUCGAAUUCUUACACAGACAAGGACGCAAGCAUUCCUCAGAUCUUUCAAGCUGUGUCUGAUAUUUACUUGGCGCGGUAUCCUCCAAGUUCUUCCGAGCGACCACAGUCUCCAUCUGACGCUGUCCUGAUCACUCGUGAACAGGAGCUUGAUAAGAUAGACGCGAGCGCGUGGUCUCAUCGUAGGAACGGCCGCUUCCAUUCCGAUACUUCACCUCUGACCAGAGGUCAUAAACGCGCAGUAUCAGCACCAAACUUCAGAGUCAUGGCCAACCCAGGCAUAUCACCCACUGCCAACAUGGGCCCGAUCAUGGAACCCAGCCCCGGCGAGUCAAAUGAGAGCAUCAGCCCUCGAACCAGCCAAGGACUAUCUGCCUCGGCAACUCCUCCAACUGAAGUCGCCGCCCAUGACGCCCAUAGCUUGGUGGGUUCGGAAGAGCCCCAUGAGGCUGAGCUGAAGUGCCUGUUCCAGGAGAGCUGUGAUCUUCAGGCACCCCUCCGAAAGGCCAUCUCGCACAUCUUUGGCAGGAACAAAACAAGCACCAGGCAGGUUCCCAAGGACCUGUGGGUCUACGUCUGCCGCAAGCACUACCAGCGCUGCCGAUACCGAAAUGCAUCUGAGUAUGCACGGCUACAGUGCGAUCUUGUUCACACCCAGAUCGAUCGCAUCAUGGCUUGGAGUGAUGAAAACCAACAGAAGGGAAUCAACACUGGCGUUGUCAAGGACUGGAGUAUCGGCAUUCGGAAGCGCGAGUUGGAGCGCCUCAAGGGAAAGAAGGGCAACGGUCGCAAGCGCGCUCUGCAGGAUGGCAACGAGGGGGAUCACGACGAGGACGAAGAUGACGAAGAUGAAGCCGCAGACACAGCCGAGUUGAACGGUACGGCUGUGCCCGAGUGGCUGCUGCAGAGAGUCGGCGAUGGGUACUCUGCCGACGAGAUCCGACAAGUCAUGAAGCUCAUCCAGGCUGCUCUAGACGAUGAGUCUCUCAAACUCAUUCCCGACAUUGAGAUUCUCAUCAACUUCGUGGAGGAGAUAAACGACAGCAAGAAGGCAACAAAGCGGCGGAACGUGAACGGCCAGGUCCAUAAGCGGUCGCAGUCGGUUGGCGUAGGCAUGCGUCGAGAGACGCUGUCACCAAUGGUUCGACGCCCGAGCCACCCUGGUUUCUCCGUCCACGACAAUUACUCUCCUAACGGUCAUGGCGACCACUACCAGCACCCACGUGGCCGAGGAGUGGGUGACUUGGGUCAGCAAUACCCUGCCUUGAACCACCCUCCGGAGCGACGCCAUGCUGUCCGCUUGCAACUGCCGCAUCGGCCCGCCUUCAACAACAUUCAGGAGUACCAGGCUCAGGACACCUUCCCAGCCCCGUCUCAUCAUGCCAUGUUCUCCGGCUUCCAGGGCUUUGGACAGACUCAGCAGUCUUCGUUUGCUUCGCCGGGCAGCAGCUCUCAACGUCGAGCUAGUGUCUCGAUGACACAGCAGCCUGAAGCAUUGCCCCCUCGUCGGCCCGCUCUUCACCAGCGCUCUCACUCGGAAUUCAGACCCGCUCAGCCGGAUGGCCCUGCCGACUACCGUACGAACUACUCCUCGGCAUAUGGUAACCAGACCUUCCCUGACCAUAAUGCUUACUCGAGAUACGGUUCUGCCUCGAAUGAAGGACAUGCCACCACGAGCUCGGCCCAGUAUGCCUACGGCCCUUACCAGACCCCCCUCUCGAACGCGGCUGGAGCAAGACACUACGACAGCAUGCCGUUGGUAGAUCAGGCCUCGCGGGCUCAAGACAUCCACACUCGGCUGCCCCAGGUUCCAGAGAGCUCUGCCAGGUCGACGCUCUAUGCAGGCCGAACCUUCCUCCCCCCUGUUGUUCCGCAUUACGGCAACAACCCUUUCGUCCACCACGACUCAAGCAACCAGUUGCCUCCGAUCGCCGGCCACCCGCCGUUCCAGGAAAUUCCCCCGUCCGGUACUCCUAAGCCAGUUCAGCCCAGGACUGUCCAGGAGACUGAUAGGGCAAAGGAGAUCUUCAGCUCCCGCCGCUAG